AUGCGUUCUAACGAGUCGUUGUUUAGCCUUCACACGGGGAACCCGAGUUUCACAACGGAACAAUUGAACUGGAUGUCGAAAUCGGACGAGUAUUAUUUCUAUAACGAUUCACCACUUUGCAGUCCGUUGCCACCGAGCACUCCGUGGAACAAGAUGUCAGCAGCUGAAUUUGCUAGUCAAGCGCUGAAACUACCGGACAAAGUGGUGACUCAAACAAGCUCUGCCACGGAGAUACAGAAGCAGAAGCAACCAACACAACGAGGCAUAAAGAAUAUUGGGUUCAUAAGGUCAAUGUUCAUAAAGAAUUCUCUUUCCCAUCCCGUGUGCGAUGUUCAUCAAGAGCUACCAGAUGCAAGGGUUAAAUCUUUUGCCUUCCCUAUAUUGAUAGGAGAUGCAAGUGAAAACGGAUCUCCGCUUCAGAGUACAGAGAAACAAAGCCAACAAGAGUGCUCCACCGGUCCACCCCUAGAACUCCCGAGACACUUUAGAAACAGCUAA